AUGGCUGUGCGCGCGCAAUUCGAAAACUCCAAUGAGGUCGGCGUCUUCGCCCGCCUGACAAACUCCUACGCUGUCGUUGCGGUCGGUGCUUCGGAGAACUUUUACAGUGUCUUCGAAGCCGAAUUGCAGGACAUCAUCCCCAUUUGCCAUGCUACCAUUGCCGGAACUCGAAUUGUUGGUCGGUUAACUGUUGGUAACAAAAACGGCCUCCUCGUCCCCACAACAACAACCGACCAAGAACUCCAACACCUCCGCAACACGCUGCCCGACACCGUCAAAAUCCAACGCAUAGAAGAGCGUCUCAGCGCCCUGGGCAACGUAAUCUGCUGCAACGACCACGUCGCGAUCGUUCAUCCUGAUUUGGAGCGGGAGACUGAGGAGAUCAUCGCCGACACCCUCGGCGUAGAAGUUUUCCGCCAAACAGUCGCCGACAACGUGUUGACAGGCUCCUACAUGGCCCUCAGCAACGCAGGCGGCAUCGUGCAUCCGAAGACCUCAAUCCGGGACCAAGACGAGCUUUCCUCGCUGCUGCAAGUCCCGCUCGUGGCGGGCUCCGUGAAUCGCGGUUCGCCGGUUGUGGGUGCGGGUAUGGUUGUGAACGACUGGCUUGCGGUUACGGGUCUUGAUACCACCGCCACUGAACUGAGUGUUAUUGAGAGUGUUUUCCGCCUCGGUGAGAUGGCGGCGCCUGGUGCUGGUGGUGGGCCGCAGAAGGAGAGUAUUGUUGAGAGUUUUUACUAG